AUGUCUGCUGCCGACGACUUCGACCCAGACUCCCAGCGCAGAAUCUACCAGGCCCCUCACUCUGCCCGCCACCCCAUCCCGACAAUCCAGAAAUACCGGGCCGAGCGGAAUGAGUUGAACAACCAGCAGCAACAGGCUGAAGACGCCCAGCGUGACGAGACGGACGGUUCCACCGUCAAAAGAGCAUACUAUGCCGCCAAGGGCAUCCUCCAGGGCGAGGAUGAAGGGCCCAAGUCGACUCACGACCCCUACAGGACCCAAAAUCGGAAUGUUCAGAUUGCAGGGGAACCGGGAGGAAGAGAAGAGCAAGAACAGCAACGUCAUGGUGGAGAAGACGGACAGGAUAAACAACAUCAACAACAACAACAAAAAGAAGGUAAAGAGGAUUCCAAGACAGAUGAACCAGGUCAAUCGGCUACCGAGGCUGUUGCAGGCCACCAUGACCCUCGACAGAAGAGAAAGGACAUGAAGCACAAGAAGCGCAGCGAUGGCGGCAGAGAAGUCACAGACCCCGUCACCCACUUGCCCAUCAUCAUUCGAGACUCGACCCGCAAGGAUCUCAAGUCCGCCGAGGAGAACGUCCCCGCGGCCGGAACUCAUUUCAGAACUAAAACUGGACCCAGUGGUGCCAGGAAAUCGAGCCAAGAACUUAACCAAGAGCGCGAUGAGGUUCAGCGACGUCUACACGGUAUGCAGAAGUUGUUCCCGCCCCCGAAAUUCGACGACUUGAAAAAUGAAUUAGCCCGGACGUAUGAGCGUGCCAUCACGAUAGGCCUAGUGAGCGUGCUGGGGCUAUGGCUGCUGGCAGAAGCUGGUACUCGGGUGUGGGGUGUGAGUCUCUACGAAGAAGGGCCGGGCUUGCAAUCGAGACUCUCCGCCGCCGCCUUCAUCUUCAUCCCAGGCGCCAUUGCAGCCUGUGUAAUACUCGUGGUCAGAGAUUGGCUCGGUAAGAAAGUGAACACAAUCUGUAAGGACGAGGUUUGGGAUGCCGCGCGCCAGGAAGAGCUUCACACAACUCAAGCUGAAGAUAUGACCCCAGAAUCGGUCGCUUGGUUAAACAAUCUCUUGUCUGCCGUCUGGCCCCUUAUCAAUCCGGACCUGUUCACGUCUAUAUCAGAUAUGUUAGAGGAUGUCAUGCAGGCAUCUCUCCCCAAAGUGGUGCGGAUGGUCAGCGUCGAUGAUCUGGGCCAAGGCGGCGAAGCAUUUCGCAUUCUAGGGAUCAACUGGCUGCCCACAGGUGCAGCGAGCCGAUCUGUAGGCGCGGAGGGGAAAUUGAAGAAAGCUGGAGACGAAGAGAGCAGUGAUCGGACGGCGUCUGGGGAGGGACAGAUGGAGAAUGGCGCCGAAGACGAGGAUAAGAGCAAGCCUGCUGACAGUGGUGAAAACAAACAAAAGGAACAGGACCAGCAAGCAAUCCGUGAGGGCAUGGAGGCCGAACAGGGCGACUUUGUCAACCUGGAGCUCGCAUUUGCCUAUCGAGCCCGAUCAUCCGGCAAAUCUCUACAAGCGAAGGCGAAGAACGCCCAUCUCUACCUCAAAUUCUACCUGCCGGGAGGCAUCGCUCUCCCAGUCUGGGUGGAGUUGCGCGGGAUUAUUGGCACGAUGCGGCUUCGACUACAACUCACCCCUGAUCCUCCAUUCUUCAGCCUUUGCACCAUGACGUUUAUGGGUCAGCCGCAGGCGGACCUGUCCUGCGUGCCGUUAUCCCGCCACGCACUCAACUUGAUGGAUGUGCCGCUUAUCUCAUCGUUUGUCCAGUCUUCGAUCGACGCUGCAUUGGCGGAGUACGUGGCACCCAAGAGUCUGACAUUGGAUCUCAAGGACAUGCUUGUUGGCGAUGAUUUCAAGAAAGACACAGUCGCUCGAGGAGUCGUCAUGAUCUUUGUCAAGUCCGCCGAGGGUUUUAAGGAAGGCGACGGUGGUGUCGGUCCGUUCAAGGGCGCGAGCGACGCGUACAUGACGGUUUCUUGGGGGAAGUUUGGCAAGCCUGCUGCCUCAACGAGGAUCAUUGUUGGCGAUCAAGAACCAAACUGGUCAGAGUGGGCGCACAUUUUGGUCACGCCUGAAGAGCUCAAUGCAGAUGAGAAGCUUCGACUUCAGCUCUGGGACUCUGACAAAUAUACUGCAGACGAUGACCUUGGUCGCGUGGAGGUUGAUCUCCGCGAAUUGAUGCAUAGCUCCGAGACGAAGAACAGAAUGUGUGAUCGUGAAGAUCGGUUUAUGGGUUCAGAACCCGAAGAGGAGAUGCCCGGCAGGCUUCAGUGGCGGGUGGGGUAUUUCGCCAAAACCAAGAUCACAGGGGAGCAACUUGCGAAACAGACUGCCGAUCCAAAUAUCCGGACAACAGAGGACCUGGGGACGCAAGCCAGCGAGACGGCAGAGCGUAAGUUACGGGAAGCCAUCGCGCAUGACGAAAGCAAGGAAAUCAAGAAACAGAAUGAAGAAGACUACAAGGAGCGUGAAGAUGCCUUGAUUAUUUCCAGCCCUCCGCCAGAUGACUACGUCAGCGGCAUAUUCAGCAUUCAAAUUCACAACAUCACCGGGCUGGAGGUGGAAUCUCUGCAGAAGAGAGAGAAAAGCACGAGCGACGAUGACCGCGAAGACGAGGCAGAGCAAAACGAGGACCUACCCAGUAGCUACGUGACCAUUAUCCUCAACCAUCAAAAGAUAUAUCGCACGAGAACCAAGCCGAAGAACUCGAAGCCGUUUUUCAAUGCUGGCACGGAGCGGUUCGUCCCGGACUGGAAGACUGCAGAAGUCAUGAUUUCCGUCCGCGACGAUCGUGAAAGGGAAGACGACGCGUUGCUGGGAAUGAUCUACCUCCCCUUGCGAAGAGUCUUUCAGGAAAGGAGCCAGGUCAUGCAGACAUAUCCGCUUGUUGGUGGCAUUGGCUACGGUCGUGCGCGCAUCAGCAUGGUUUGGCGUAGUGUGGAAGUGAAACUCCCAAGAGAAUUGCUCGGUUGGAACUUUGGCACCUUGGAGAUCAAAUGCCCAGUCAGAUCAAACGGGGCAAGGGUAAGCACGGAUGAAGAGAAAUCAUUCGGUCAACAUCGCAUCAAAUUAAGAACCAACCUGAUGAGAGCUAAGAUGUACCCCACUGGCUCGGGCGACGAUGUGGAAUGGAAACCCAAAGGCGACAAAGAGUCCGUCUUCCUCGCUGUUCGCAAACGCUAUUCAAGCCCCUUGAUCAUCGAAUGUCGCAAAUCUCGCCUUGGUCCAGACUCCACCCCUGCCUUAGGAGUCUUCUGGCUCAAAGACAUCCCAGACGAGGAAGAGAAAGCAAUUGCCGUCAAGCUUUGGAAGGGCGACAAAGAGGCUGCACACCGCGCAACCACGAGCUACGGCUAUUCCGGGUUGGAGACGAACGAACAACCGCUUGGAGAAAUCGCGCUCACUGUCAAGUUUUGGAGAGGGCUCAGUGGGUAUCAUAAGAGAUACGCGAAUAAGGCUCGCAAUGGGGACAUGCGGCAAGUGAUGGAGGUGUUGGACACUGCGAAUGAUGAAGGGCAGGUGGAUCAAUAUAAAGGUGAAUAUAAAGGGAAAGGAGAGAUCGACGAAGAUGAAAGCAGUGACAAUAGUACAGACGACGAAGACCAGAAGUCAAGCAAAGUAGACAAAUCCCGCCGCAAACUCCGCCCGCACGCCAACGACGACACGUCGGCCUCGGACUCGGACUCUGGCACGACCUCUUCCACUUCCAACCCCUUGUUGAACGGCCCCGCGCGUCUCGUCUCAAAGCCUGUCGACGCAGUCAGCUCCACAGCCGCCAACCUCCUCGACGUCAGCGGACAUAAUGACCCCGACGACGGCUCGAGAGGGCUGAGGGCGCAGGUGAGGGACUACAAGGACCACCACCGGGAGCUGCAUAGGAAGCACAGGGGGGUCAUGCAGUGGAGGGGGGCGCGGACGAUGGACUGGAUGGUUGGCAAGGUGAAGAGAGUGGAGGGAGGAGUGGAGCGAGUUUUUGACAGGGACAAGGACGGCAGAGGGGGCGAGGGUGUUGAGACGGAGGUAUGA